AUGGCCUAUGCUGGGACGAACACGAUUGAUACAUUUAUGAGUAAAUUGUUCUCCAAUUCUGGCCAGACAGAUUCUACAUUUCCCAUUUCGAGUGCCAGUUUUAAUGAGCUUACCAGCAGUAGCAGCGCCGGGAGCUCUUCCCUUAUGGUUUCACCGGAGAGGAAGCCUUUUGUCAGUGCAUUGCAUAAAGUGGUUCAGCAUGAAGAUGCUAUGGCCAGGAUAGAAGGCACUUUAUUUAAAGAGGUCGAAGUGUCACGGGUACAAACGCGAUUCAUGCGUUCGUGGAACAUUAAGAAGUUUCAGAUAAUGGGUCUUUUUUCCAACUAUCUGUCCAAUGUGGAAGAGUUGGCACAGUUUGCACUCUGCAACGCCAUGUUUGACGCAACCAAGCUGGCCGGGGAUGCAAAGGCACAAGAGCUGGAAUGUGUCAAAAUUGUGGAGGAGGCUGCGUGGGGAAACAAGAAGUCGCAGAGAAUAAAAUGCAAAAAUGCAGACAUUCAGUCGGGCUGGAAUCUCAAAGUCAGUAAGCUGGCCAAACAACGGGACACGCUUGUCGAGAUUAUAGGCAGUAGGGACUUCCGUCCGGUUCUGUCUCAGCUCACCUAUUUACUUGAGAACAAGAUUCGAAGCAUCCGAGGUAAUCCUGCUCAAUGGUUAGUGAAAAAGAAAGCAUUUUGA